UAUUACAAACUAAAAUUAGAUCUCACUUUGAAAAUCAUCUUUUUUUGUCUUUGUUCUGAUUUCUUCUUGGUAAACUCGCUUGAGGGUUGAUUUGGGCUAGUCACGUAACUUAAGUUGGUUCAACUUUUGGAAUGAAUAACUAGGGUCACAACCUUUUAUCCCUUAGCUAAUAAAAGAAGAGUAUUCUACUGGAAGUUCCCACUUCCUUUUUGCUAAUAGAGAAGAUCUCAAAUACAACAUUAAUAAUAACAAAACUUUACCAUUUCAAAUUAAAAAGAUCUAAAAGGAAGAAAAUCAACGUCCCAGCAUGUGUAUCUUGGUAGAGAUUCGGUUUAAACUUUUAAUUACUCAAACAUGCCAAAAAUAAAUGUCAUAGGACCUAUAUGAAAAUGGUAAUAAAAUCUUUGAUAUAAUUUUCCGAUUUUCUUUCUCAUAUUAGUCAUGAGAAUUUCUUCAUAAACAAACAAUAACUCCACAUCUACUUGUUUCCACUCAUUAAUUUCCUCCAUUUUUUUUUUGUCAACUCGAUAAGUUCUUUCAUUUGAUUCAAUGGAACCUUUUGCUGAAUUGGUAAGUUUCACUUUCAUUUGAUUAGUAAAUUUACUGCUUUAGUUAGUUAAACGCUAAAAGUGUAUUUUUUUUAUUAUUAUUAUUAUGUAUCUUUUUAGGGUUGUAUUUUGAAAGUGGACGUUCAUUGCGAUGCAUGCAAGAUGAAGAUGGUGGAUGUUUUGAGUUCUAUAUGCGGAGUUUAUUCUGUCACAAUAGACUCUGAGGAUGGGACAGCCAAAAUUUCUGGUGAAGUCGAUCCGAACCUCCUCUUGAGGGCAUUGUCAAGAUCAGGACUUGGCAACCAUGCAGAGGUGCAAUGGGUGAGACUUAAGCACCCAAUGUUGAGCAAUAGUCAUAUGGCUGAUGGACAUGGCUCCUAUAAUCAUGGAUAUGGCUCCUAUAAUCAUGGAUAUGGCUCUUAUAGUCAUGGACAUGGUUAUAAUAACAGUUAUGGCCAUGGCCAUGGCUAUAGUUCUAUCGGUGGUCCUUUUAGGCAAAGAAGGUCAUUGCCCGAAUAUAAUUAUGGCUAUGAUGGACACCACAAUUACCAAUAUCCUUUCAGGGGCAUUGCACAAGACUCAUACGCCACAAACUAUUACUCCGGUGCCCUGCCAUCACCUAGGCCGUACAACUAUUAUAUGUAGAGAAUUGGAGAGAUACUUAAUGGCUCGUUGGCUUUCCACCAUGACAACAAGAAGUUGUUUGCGCGAUCAUUUCUUCUUAAUGAUGUUUAUUAGGGAACAUUUAUAUAUUUAAAGGGUUGCUAUAGUUGAAUAGCAUUUUUUAGUUCAAAGUUAACAGCUUUCAUCUGCACUCGAGUAAAUUUACUUGUUGAAUUUGUCGUCAAGGUCACUGACGCUUUACUUUGGUAAGUAUUUUUAAUGCUGGUGAA